CGUCACCAUUGAACAAGCCUGCGGCGUGUCAUGAACCGCGCCCUUUAUUUGACUUAUUUUGCCUCAUCUCGUGUCACUAGUGCCUUUAUUUCUUCCCCCACAAGAAUGCUCCUCAAACGCUGCCUGGCUGGCCGCUGAGACCUUUCUGAAUGCUGCCAGUGCCACCCCAGCUGCGCCCUCAAUCACCUGCCAGAGAGUAGGAGAUGUAAGGUGAAUGGAACUGCAUGGAAGCGUGAGUGUAUCAGCGUGCACAUCGGGCAGGCGGGCGUGCAGAUCGGCAAUGCGUGCUGGGAGCUGUACUGCCUCGAACACGGCAUCCAGCCCGAUGGCUCCAUGCCUUCAGACAAGACCAUCGGCGGCGGCGACGACUCCUUCAACACUUUCUUCAGCGAGACGGGCGCCGGCAAGCACGUGCCGCGCGCCGUCUUCGUCGAUCUCGAGCCCACGGUGGUCGACGAGGUGAGGACGGGCACGUACCGCCAGCUGUUCCAUCCUGAGCAGCUCAUCACGGGCAAGGAGGACGCCGCCAACAACUAUGCGCGCGGCCACUACACCAUCGGAAAGGAGAUCGUCGACCUCGUUCUGGACCGCAUCAGGAAGCUCGCGGAUCAGUGCACAGGCCUCCAGGGCUUCCUCAUCUUCCACUCCUUCGGCGGCGGCACCGGGUCUGGCUUCACCUCACUUCUCAUGGAAAGGUUGUCUGUGGACUACGGCAAGAAGAGCAAACUCGAGUUCUCCAUCUACCCCGCCCCGCAGGUGUCAACGGCAGUGGUGGAGCCCUACAACUCUAUCCUGACCACCCACACCACGCUGGAACACUCCGACUGCGCCUUCAUGGUGGACAACGAGGCCAUCUACGACAUCUGCCGCAGGAACCUGGACAUCGAGCGACCCACCUACACCAACCUCAACCGACUCAUUGGCCAGAUCGUGUCCUCCAUCACUGCCUCUCUCAGGUUUGACGGGGCUCUCAACGUAGACUUGACCGAGUUCCAAACUAACCUGGUGCCUUACCCUCGCAUCCACUUCCCUCUGGCCACCUACGCGCCCGUCAUUUCCGCCGAAAAGGCUUACCAUGAGCAGCUGUCUGUCGCCGAGAUCACCAACGCCUGCUUCGAACCCGCCAACCAGAUGGUGAAGUGUGACCCGCGCCACGGCAAGUACAUGGCCUGCUGCAUGCUGUACCGCGGCGAUGUGGUGCCCAAGGACGUGAACGCCGCCAUCGCCUCCAUCAAGACCAAGAGGACCAUCCAGUUCGUCGACUGGUGUCCCACAGGCUUCAAGGUGGGCAUCAACUACCAGCCUCCCACGGUGGUGCCCGGCGCUGACCUGGCCAAGGUGUCGCGGGCCGUGUGCAUGCUCUCCAACACCACCGCCAUCGCUGAGGCCUGGGCGCGGCUGGACCACAAGUUCGAUUUGAUGUAUGCAAAGCGCGCCUUCGUCCACUGGUACGUCGGCGAGGGCAUGGAGGAAGGCGAGUUUUCCGAGGCGCGUGAGGAUCUCGCCGCCCUCGAGAAGGACUACGAGGAGGUGGGCGUGGACUCGACCGACGCCGAGGACGAGGAAGGAGGCGAGGAAUAUUAAGAACCAAGCAGUAUUAGGAGCAGUAACGGCGAGGCGGAUGAAGUGAACAAAGCGAGCGCAGAGGAAGACGAUUCAGAAAAGAUAUCGAAACGGCAAAGAAGAAAAGAACAAAGUAUAUAUGGCAUCGUCUUUCUUUGUCCUUGAUUCAAGAAACAUAAACUAAGAGAAGACGACUCAAGGAUGCAUUAAGAAACUGCAAAAAUACAUAAACAGAAACAGAAAAGAGAAUGAAGAGGAAGGAGGAGCAAAUCACCGUGACUCCUUCCUUCAUUUUUCUGGCUCAUCAAUCACUCUUUAUCUGGCCUUUGCAAGUUACGUCCUUCCUCCUGCUGUCUCGCUCCUCCACGCAGCACAACCGUCGCCCACCCCGCCACCAACUAGCAGCCUUUGCCUCUGGGAACAAGACCGUCCGAGGGGAACCUUCAUCACUUUCAAACUUUGGGAUAAAAUCACAAUAAUAAAAAAAAGAAUCAAAAUCACUCAUGAAAAACAUCAUAGUCAGAAUAUUUUGCAUCAUAUCUUUCAUUCAGAAUCUCAUUUUAUCUGGUAAAGCCACACGUGAACAACUUACUUCUUUACCUUUUUUUUUCUAGUGCAGUGUAAGGAUGUUACGGGAAAAUAAAAAUGUAGUGUAUAAGUAUAUUUGCAUAGUUGUGAAGGAAAUUUACUGCGGAUGACAGUAGUUCCUCAGGUAGCAUUCUAGCAAAUAUCAUACAUUAUGUUGACGUUUUCUUUGUGUAUAUUAGAAAAAGAGAGAUUAAAUGAUAACACCUUUUACAGAAGUAAGACCAUAUUGCCUUGUCUUCGACCAUAUCUAGUCAAAGAGAAAGUUGUUCUGUACCCUCGAAUAACAGGAAAGUGCGUCAA